AAAAACAAAACCAGCAGCAGCACCACCACCAGCAGCAGUAGCAGCAACAACAACAACAAUAACAACAACAAGAAUAUCAACCAAAUGAAAGCCACAUGCUCAUCCUCAUCCAGAGUGAGCUCGCCCAGCGGCAGCAACGGGGACUGCACGACCAGCCUGGCGCCCGCGCCCAGCAGCAACGUCGUGGCCGUGGUCGACGACGAUGACGAGGACGACGACGAGGAGGCGGAGCACAUGCACGACGAGGACGAGGACAUGAGCGAUGCCAUGGACCGUUCAAGUGCCGCCGCCGCCGCAGCCGCCGUCGCUGCAGCCGCCGCGCGCGACAUCGCGCAGCGCAUAGCACACCAAAGCGCUCGACUGGCGCACGGCGAGGACGAAGACGAUGAGGACGAGGAGGAGCUGCGGGCGGCGCACGACGCGCUGCUCCACUCCCCGCUGCCGGGCAGUCUGCAGCCCAAGACCGAGGUGCUGGACGAUGAGUACGACGAUGAGAUGGACUUGGACGACGACGAUGAGGCCGACAAUAGCAACAACAGCAACGAGAUGGGCCUCAACAUGAAGAUGAGCAGCGGCGGUGUUGAUCUCUCAACGGGCUCCACCGUCAUACCAUCGCCGCUGAUUACGCUGCCCUCGUCCUCGGCGGCAGCAGCAGCGGCCGUGGCCGCCGGCCGCAGUCAUAGGCUCGGCCCCGCUCUCACACCCGGCAUAGGUGCCUCCGAUCUGUCCACGCGUCCAGCCUCACGCUCAUCCCGUGACGGCGGCGCCAGCAGUGCUGCCGAAGCACGCGCCGCCAGUCUCUUGAAUCCCGGUUCAGUGGCCGGUCUCUUGCCAGUGCAAUCGGUGCCAUUGAGUCUCAAGAAGGAGAUCGAUUGCAGCGAGGACGACAACAGCAGCCACAGCAGACACAUGCAACCGCGUUCGGCAUCAGCUGGCGGCGGACUGGGCGGCGAUUUAGACUAUCGCGCCUCACACGAGUCGCUGAUGCGCAACUUUGGCUCCCCGAUGAGCGCCAUGGCCGCCAGCCGCUGCCCCACACCGUUUGCAUUUCCCUUCACGCCGCUCGGCCUGAGCCUCUUCGACAUUGAUCCGUCCAGAAUACUAAGCCUGCUGCACCACCAAACCUGGCUGGCCGAGGAGGCUUUACGCACGCGUGGCCUUUUGUCAGCACCCAAGGACUUCUCCCACCGAUUCACCACGCUCAGCGAUCUGCUUACCAAGGACUACCAGCCGCCAGCCGCUGGCUACGUGUCCAAGCAACCGCCACCGCCACCGUCGCCACAAUCGACAGCCAACCGUUCCAACGAUGCACAGUACAAACAGCAGCAGCAGCAACAACCCUCAUUUGGUCUGCGUUCAUAUGCCACGCCCACUGCGUUCUACCAGCAGCAGUCCUCCAAGUCGACCACAAAGUCCGCGGGCGCACCAUCGCCACAGCAAAUGGCCACGUCCUCCACAAUCAUAGCCGACUCCCAGCAGCAGCAACAGCAACCAGAGCAAAGCGAGUCGAAGCGCAGCGCCGCCGACAGUGACGAUGUGACCAUUGUGGAGCUGACGGGCAGCGAACGCAGCGUGAUCACGCCCAGCAGCAGUGCCAUGCUCUACAGGGAGUCACUGGAGCAAUUGCUGGCGCAGCAGCAGCGACGCCGCAAUGCGAACAACAGCACUCCGGCUAGCGCCAGCGGCUCCGCCGCAGCUGGCUCGUCGGGCUCAGUAGGAUCAGCAGCAUCUGGUGGGUCAGGGGCUGGGGUGAUCGUGGAUGCGAACGGCUUGCGGCAGUAUACGCAGCUGCUGCUGUCGGGAGCCGGCACCCCGGUCAGCUGCACGGACACCUCGAGCAGCUGCAAGGAGAAGAGCUCGUCCUCGUCUACCUCAUCGACGCCGCCUCCAGGCGGCGCACUGCUGGCCCAGCACCAGCAGCUCAAUCAAAUGCUAAAGAGCCCCUCGGACACUUGCUCCUCGCUGUUCAGCGAGCCCAUCGAGGAGGAAACGCGCUGCGUGGUCUGCAAUGCGCACUUCCCCAACGUCUGGCUGCUGGAGCAGCACGCGGCGCUCCAGCAUCCGCACAUCGGGCCCGGCGAGGAGAAGCCCUUCAUCUGUGAGCAGUGCGGUCAGUCCUAUCGCUACCGCAGCGCCUACGCCAAGCACAAGGAGCAGAAUCAUCGCGCGCGUCUGCCCGCCGACAAGCUCUUCACCUGCGACGUCUGCGGCAUGCAGUUUCGCUACCUCAAGAGCUUCAAGAAGCAUCGCCUCAACCAUGCACUGGAGCGUCUGCACGGCAAGAAGAGCAUUGGCGCCGGCAUGAGCGUCACCUUGGGCGUGGGCGCUAAUGCAGGCGUUAAUCGGCUGCUAACCGGCGCCACAGCAGCAGCAGCAGCAGCAGCGGCAUCAGCAGCAGCCGCCACAAGCGGCCAGCUGGACCAGGAUGUGGUCACCAGCUCACAAGAGCCGAUGCUGGCCGACGAGGGCGAGGAUCUGCGCAUCAAUAUCAAGCGCGAGGGCGACGAGGCCCAGCAAUCGCAAGAGACCGUCGGCGAGGAGCACGAACAGGACAACACCAUUGACUCCGCCGGCAUCACGAUGCUCUACACGGACAACAACUCAUCGGCCUCGGCCUCCACCAGCGCCACAGAGCCCAACAUAAGCAGCUCCGACGGCAUACAUAGUACAAACAAGCGGUCACGCCUGUUGAACAGCGCACACCACUUGGAAACGGAUCCCUCCUAUCAUCAACACCAUCAUCAUCAACAACAACAACAACAACAACAACACCAACACCAACAUCAUCAACAACAACAGCAAGCACAACAGCAACAGCUGUCAGCGCAUCUGGCGCAUGUUUCACUGCCUUUGGCUGCCGCCGCUGCUGGAGCAGCCACAUCCUCGCCGCCGCGCUGCCGCGCUGCGGCUGCUGCAGCAGCCAUACAACGCCAGUGGCAGCAAUCAGGUGCUGCUGCGGCGGCCGCCGCUGCCGGCGGCAUCAGUUCGCUCAGCUCGCUCACCUCGCUCAUCAAUGCCGAGCGCAUACCCAACGAGCAGUUCCUGGGCCUCAAUCCGCAGGAGGCUUCGAUACUCAACUUUUUGCGCGUCGACGCCGCCGAGCGACAGCGCGAUAAGCGGCCUGCCACCUCGCGCUUUGCCUGCCCCUUCUGUGGCAAGUGCGUGCGCAGCAAGGAGAACCUCAAGCUCCAUGUGCGCAAGCACACUGGCGAGCGUCCGUUCGUCUGCCUCUUCUGCGGACGCGCCUUUGGCGGCAAGUCCGACCUGACACGCCAUCUUCGCAUCCACACCGGCGAGCGGCCCUACCACUGCGAGUCCUGCGGCAAGUGCUUUGCUCGCGCGGAUUAUCUGUCCAAGCAUCUGACCACGCAUAUUCACAAUGCGCCGCGCUGAGAUGAGGCGCGUAGGAGACGGCUCCUACGCAGAUAAACACCCACACACAUACACACACCCACACACACACCCCACAUACACUCCAAACACCCCAGAGGCAACACAUUACAGGAAUCAGCAUCAUUAUUAACAAUUAUACUUAGUGCAACGUGUUCGUUCGUCUUUUUUCUUUUAACUAAGCGUGUUUUUUUUUUAUUAACAUUGAACAUUGAACAUUGAACAUUGAACAAUGCACAAUGAUCACAUUGAACAUUUGUCGAAUUUUUGUUGUUAGCACUAGCGUUUGAGGCUAAGUGUGAGGUACAGGCACGCACACAAGAUCUACGGCCAUUCGUGUAUGUAGCGUGUGUCUUUAGCUAAAGAUUUAUACUAUACACAUACAUGCAUACAUUGGCAACUAUUAGCACGGGUAUUAAUGUGUUUAAGAUUUGAAAUUAAGACAACAAUUUAUUAUUGUAACUAGCGCAAGUUUUUUCUGCCUUUUUUUUUUGUUCGUAUUAAAUAUGCUAUUAUUAUACAUGUUUAAACUAGUAGUAGCAGCUAUAAAAAAACAAAA